AUGGUGCGGGCCACUUGGUUGCAAGCGCCCCGCCAUUCGCUGCUGCUAAUCCUCAUGGACAAGGAGGGCUACUUCACCUUCUACGACUUCCUAAAGUCCGAAUAUGCGACCGAAAACCUCGAGUUCUGGACACGUAUGGAGCUUUUGUUCACCGGAAAGACUAGGAAAGAGGUCUUGGAGACGGGUGUGUCCGUCCUGAUGGGAUUUGAUAAUGAUAGCAUAAACAUCCAGGACUCUUUACGCAAUGAGGUGGUAUCGGUGUUAAGUCAUAUGGCGCAAGAGAAUAUCCACGACGACAAGCGCCUGUCGAGAUCGGCAGCUGUUAGUAGACACAACUCAAUCGAUGAAUUCACUAGCGACAUAAAACUUUACGGACAAG